CGAAGCAACAAUGAGCGAUAGAAUGCAAAUUGAUACACCUGAACCUCAGGGUGAGAUCGAUGAGAGCUUGUACUCCCGUCAAUUGUACGUUUUGGGUAAAGAGGCGAUGCUGAAGAUGCAGAACUCCAAUGUUUUGAUUGUUGGACUGCGUGGGUUGGGUAUUGAGAUUGCAAAGAACGUGGCGCUUGCCGGUGUCAAGUCGCUUUCGCUGUAUGAUCCCUCGCCAGUGGAGCUGAGAGACCUGUCUACACAGUUCUUCCUUACCGCGGAGGACGUGGGUAAGCCACGUGCUGGGAGCAGCGCUGCGAGAUUGGCUGAGCUGAACUCGUAUGUGCCAAUCUCUGUUGUUGAGGAUUUGACUGAGGAAACACUGGGCAAGUUCCAGGUGAUUGUGGCGAUGGACUUGAGCCUGGAGGAGCAGGUGAAGAUCAACAACUUCACACACGCGAAUGACAUCAAGUUCAUUGCUGCUGAUACGAGAGGGCUGUUUGCCUCCAUCUUUGUUGAUUUUGGUGAAGAGUUCACCAUCAUCGACUCCACGGGUGAAGAGCCGGUAUCAGGAAUCGUAUCAGACAUUGAGCCAGAUGGAACGGUGUCAGUGCUGGUUGAUUCUCGUCACGGCUUGGAGGAUGGGGAUUACGUCAAGUUCUCCGAGGUUGAAGGCCUUGACAUCAACAACGGUGAAGUGUUCAAGGUGUCAGUGCCGGGCCCUUACGCUUUCAACAUUGGCGAUGUUUCCAAAUUGGGCACUUACAAGAAAGGUGGACUGUACACGCAGGUGAAGAUGCCACGCAAAGAGUCUUAUCAACCUUUGGUUGAGCAGUUGAAGGCACCGGAGCUGGUGUUCCCAGACUUCGCAAAGUUUGACCGUCCGGCUCAGUUGCACCUUGCAUUCCAAGGUCUACACCAGUUCAAAGAGAAGAGAUCUCAUUUACCAAGACCUUUCAACGAUGAAGACUUUGCAGAGUUUGCCCAUCUCGUUAAGAACCUGGCGCAACAAACCUCAUUUGAAGGCGAUUUAAACGAGGAUUUGAUCAAAGAAGUUUCAUACCAGGCUCAAGGUGAUAUCCCAGCGAUGGCUGCUUUCAUCGGUGGUAUUGUAGCACAGGAGGUGUUGAAGGCUUGUUCUGGUAAAUUCGUACCAAUCAAGCAAUUUCUGUACUUUGAUUCCCUGGAGUCCCUCCCAACUUCCUACCCAAGAAAUGCAGAGAACACUCAACCAAUCAAUUCCCGUUACGAUGCACAGAUUGCUGUUUUCGGUUUGGACUUCCAAAAGAAAAUCGCAAACUCAAAGACAUUCUUGGUUGGUUCCGGUGCAAUUGGCUGUGAAAUGUUAAAGAACUGGGCAUUGAUGGGACUGGGUUCCGGUCCAGAAGGUAAGAUCAUCGUCACAGAUAACGAUACCAUUGAAAAAUCCAAUUUGAACCGUCAAUUCUUGUUCAGACCAAAAGAUGUUGGACAAGGGAAAUCUGAAGUCGCAGCUAAGGCUGUCAUUGCCAUCAACCCGGAUUUGAAAGGUCAUAUCGAACCAAAGCUAGAGAAAGUUGGCACAGAGACUGAAAAUAUCUUUGAUAACGACUUUUGGGAGUCUCUUGAUUUUGUUACAAAUGCCUUGGAUAACAUUGAUGCCCGUACCUACGUUGAUCGUCGCUGUGUCUUCUUUGGAAAGGCCUUGUUGGAGUCUGGUACUUUAGGAACAAAGGGUAACACCCAGGUUGUUGUUCCAAGAUUGACUGAAUCUUACUCUUCUUCCCAAGACCCACCUGAAAAGUCUAUCCCAUUAUGUACCUUACGUUCAUUCCCUAAUAAGAUUGACCAUACCAUUGCUUGGGCAAAGAGUUUAUUCCAAGGUUACUUCGCCGACUCUGCUGAAAAUGUCAAUCUGUACUUGUCUCAGCCAAACUUCAUCGAGGCUACUUUGAAACAGAGUGGAGACGUCAAGGGAACUUUACAAUCAAUCUCUGAGUCGUUGAAUGAGAGACCAUAUUCAUUCGAGGACUGUAUCAAAUGGGCAAGAUUGGAAUUUGAGAAGAAGUUCAACCAGGAAAUUAAGCAGCUAUUGUUCACUUUCCCAGAGGAUGCCACCACAUCGAAUGGAUCACCAUUUUGGUCAGGUGCUAAGCGUGCUCCAAAACCCUUGGAGUUUGACAUCAACAAUCCAGAGCAUUUCCACUUUAUCGUUGGUGGUGCCAACUUGAGAGCGUACGUGUAUGGUCUCAAGGGAGACCAAGGCAACCCAGACAAGAGCUUCUAUGAGAAGGUGCUUCAGGAAGUGAAGAUUCAGCCUUUCACGCCAAAAUCUGGCUUGAAGAUUCAAGUUAACGAUGAGGACCCAGAUCCAAAUGCUCAACAACAGGUUGAAACUGAUGAGUUACAAACCUUGGCUACAUCUUUGCCACAACCAUCCACACUAGCUGGAUAUAGAUUAUCCCCAGUUGAGUUUGAAAAGGAUGACGAUACAAAUCAUCACAUUGAAUUCAUCACAGCUGCUUCGAACUGUCGUGCUUUGAAUUACCAAAUUGACGUUGCAGACAGAGCAAAGACCAAGUUUAUUGCUGGUAGAAUUAUUCCAGCAAUUGCCACCACCACUGCCGCAGUCACCGGUUUGGUCCAAUUAGAGUUGUACAAGAUUGUUGACAACAGAACCAAAUUGGAAGACUACAAGAACGGAUUCAUUAAUUUGGCCUUACCACUGUUUGCCUUUUCUGAGCCAAUUGCUUCUCCAAAGGGUAAGUACAACGACAAGGAGUUCGAUAAGAUUUGGGAUAGAUUCAACAUCAAGGGUGACAUAACAUUGAAGGAGUUGUUAGAUUACUUCAAGGAGAAGGAAGGUCUAGAGAUUACAAUGUUGUCUUAUGAUGUGUCGUUGCUGUAUGCAUCGUUCUUCCCACCAAAGAAAGUUGCCGAGAAGGAGGGAAUGAAGAUCACACAGUUGAUCAAAUCCGUCACGAAGAAGGACCUCGACAGUCAUAUUAAGACCUUGAUCUUGGAGGUUUGUACGGAUGAUUUGGAAGGCGAAGAUGUUGAAGUUCCAUUCAUUACUAUCACACUUUAAAAAAAAACACACAAGGGAGAUCUACAGUUGAAAGUACAAUAAAUGAACCC